ACGCCCAGCAGCCAUUGGGUUCCCGCGUCGCAUACUUAGGACCCCGCAGCAUGGCUGUUAAGAAGAUCGCGAUCUUCGGUGCCACCGGCAAGACUGGGCUCACCACCCUGGCGCAGGCGGUACAAGCAGGUUACGAAGUGACCGUGCUGGUGCGAGACUCCGCCAGGCUGCCGUCGGAGGGCCCCCAGCCGGCCCACGUGGUAGUGGGUGACGUUCUGCGGGCAGCUGAUGUGGACAAGACGGUUGCCGGGCAGGAUGCUGUCAUUGUGCUGCUGGGCACUGGCAGUGACCUCAGUCCCACUACAGUGAUGUCCGAGGGUGCCCGAAACAUUGUGGCAGCCAUGAAAGCUCAUGGAGUGGACAAGGUCGUGGCCUGCACCUCGGCCUUCCUGCUAUGGGACCCAACAAAGGUGCCCCCACGCCUGCAGGACGUGACUGACGACCACAUCCGGAUGCACAAGGUGCUGCAGGAGUCAGGUUUGAAGUACGUGGCUGUGAUGCCGCCACACAUAGGGGACCAGCCGCUAACUGGGGCCUACACAGUGACACUGGAUGGACGAGGGCCCUCAAGGGUCAUCUCCAAACAUGACCUGGGCCACUUCAUGUUGCACUGCCUUACCACCGAUGAGUACAAUGGUCACAGCACCUAUCCAUCCCACCAGUACGACUAGAACCCUGGCCUUGUCUAGGAGGAUAACAGGUUGAGAAAUGAGCCACAAAGGGGGAGCAAUAAAUCUUGAACCAAGAGCUUCAAAUUAUUAGAGGA